UAUGAUCCUGAAAGAUUGGUUGCAACUUGUCUACUUGACCUCUUACAGAGUCAACUCUUCGAAUAACGUUUUCCAUAAUGAGGAAAUUUUUCCAAACAGUUUAUUUGAUGAUUCUGAUUUUAUGUCAUCUGAUAAUUUGUCUUUAUACGAUUCUAUUGAUGAUGAUGAAGAUUCCGAUAUAUUUACUACCUCCUCCGCAUAUGGCGACAGCAAUGAAGAGGAUGAAACAUCUACUACUUCUGAACAAAUUGAAAGUGAUGGAGAAGAAGAACUAUCUGAUCAACCUUAA